AUGGCUUUACGUAAUUUAACACGUGGCUUAUUUCAAUUAGCUACGCAUCGAAGAUUUUAUUCAUCGAUUCAACAGCAAGUUUUCACGCGAAAACUAGUAUUGAAUAAUCAACGAUUUACAUCUGUUCGAUCAUUUUCAUCAGUACAAACGAAUGAAAAAGCUUAUAAAGAUUUAAAUCAAUUUCUCGAUAAAGAAAUUCAAUUGGAAAGAGUUGCACAAAAACAUCCAACUAAUUUACCAGCUAUUCAAGGUUUUGAGGUUACAACCGAGGGUCCUGAAGUAACAUUAAUACGUCAAUCAGGAAAGGAAAAAGUCACUAUUAAAUUUAAUGUGACAAAUACCGUUAAUGCAGCUGACUCUGAUGAUGAAGCCAAUUUACAUGCACCAGAUCGACAACAAUCCGAUGCUGAAGUCACACAGCCAUCAUCGCAAUUAAAAUCACGACCAACAUUCACUGUUGAUCUUAAUCGCGGUGGACAAACUUUAUCAUUUUUGUGUUCAUAUUUACCAUACGAUUAUCCAGAUGUACCAGAACAAAAUAAAGGCGGAGAAAAUCAUCCACAACCUGGAGAAAAUGAGAAUGAAAAAUUAGAAGAUUUUCAAAUUGAUGAAUUUGCUAUUCACGAGGGUGACUGGAAUGAGAGUGUUUAUAGCGCUGAUUGUGCUGUUAUUGAUGGAGAACUUUAUGAUAAAUUACUUAAUUUACUUGAAGAACAUGGUAUUGGUGAAGACUUUGCUAAUCAAUUAAUAGACUUUUCAACAGCCUACGAACAUCGUCAAUAUAUUGGUUUACUUGAAAAAUUACAAAAAUUUUCGAAAAAGUAG